UAUGAAUGGCCCACGCCACUGCUGGCAGGAAUAGGUUUGGGGGAUUCCACCGAAAACCUUUGCUAUAAAUAUGGACACUUUUCAGAAUUUCUUUUACUCUUGUUGUGACCGUGUUAGUUCAAAAUGAUUAAAUUCAUUGUGGCCCUUGGUCUAUUUUUGGCGGCCACAAAGGCCGACGUGCAAGACUUGUACCAGAACCGUCUCUUGUCGCCUUUUGGGAACCGCCCCCCUUUCGGGGCCAAUCCGGGCCCUGCGAUUAAGUUCGAUACCCCAAACAGGGGGCCCCAGGUGGCCAUUCUCCGGCAGGAACAAACGGUGGAUCCUGAUGGAAGCUACAGAUGGGCUUAUGAGACCGCCAAUGGUAUUGUGGCUCAGGAGCAGGGGGCUUUAAGACCACAAGGGGGCCCUGAGCCGUCUAUUGCCGCUCAAGGCUCGUUUGCGUACACGUCUCCCGAAGGACAGCCCAUUUCUUUGACUUAUACGGCUGAUGAAAAUGGGUUCAGGCCACAGGGGGCUCAUUUGCCCACGCCUCCACCCAUUCCUCCUGCGAUUCUAAGGGCUUUGGAGUGGAUUGCCGCCCAUCCGGAACAAAAUCAAAAUUCUAGAUUUUAGUGUGUGUUGGUAAUGUUUUUAUACGAGAUUAUUUUUGUAAAAAAAAAUUAUAAUAAAUUUUUGAAUUAA